CGUUGGGCUGGCGUUGGGGAGCGUACAGAUACCCGCUCGCGAUCCCAGCCUCGCUGCUGCUGGGUUGGUGUUCGGGAGCUGCCGCCUUUCCUCCGCGCUGUCUCGGACGGACCAGCUCCGCGCUCGCCGCCGUCCCGCGCCGCCAUGUCGUCCCCUCAGGACUUGUCUCAUCACAACAACAACAACAACCUGCCGCCCGAGGGGACGCCCACCGAGCCAGGCCUCAACAGUUCCUGGGUAGAACUGCAGAUGAAUGGGAAUGGCAAUGACAAUGACAACAGCAAUGUAAAAAAUGGGGGUCUAGAACAUGUUCCUUCUUCAUCUUCCAUCCACAAUGGAGAUAUGGAGAAGAUACUUCUCGAUGCCCAGCAUGAGUCCGGACAAAGCAGUUCAAGAGGUAGUUCUCACUGUGACAGUCCUUCUCCUCAAGAGGAUGGACAGAUAAUGUUUGAUGUGGAGAUGCAUACAAGUAAAGACAAUAGUUCUCAGUCUGAAGAGGAAACAGUAGAAGGUGAAAAGGAAAUGGAAGUUUUGAAGAAAAGUGCUGACUGGGUAUCAGAUUGGUCAAGUCGACCUGAAAACAUUCCUCCCAAGGAGUUUCACUUCAGACAUCCUAAGCGAGCAGUGUCUUUAAGUAUGAGAAAGAGUGGAGCCAUGAAGAAAGGUGGCAUUUUCUCAGCUGAAUUUCUUAAGGUUUUCAUUCCGUCUCUGUUCAUAUCUCAUGUUUUGGCUUUGGGAUUAGGUAUCUACAUUGGAAAGCGACUGACCACACCUUCCGCUAGCACUUACUGAAAGAAGCGGUGCACGAAUCCUGGAAAUCCUUGUGAUGAUCUGUGAAGGAAUUAAUGUCGCACUAGUACCUUUGGAACUUGAGACAAUUCUAAGCAUGACCUUCCUCCCCUUCCCCAGCCUUCACCUUGUUUUUAAAUAUCCAGGUUCCACUAACUCUUGGAAUUCAGUAUUGUGUUGGAACUCUGUGAAGGUGUUUCACUAGUUGUCUGUCCCCGACCACCUUCCGUAUCCUGCAGGACACAUCAGAGUUGCCUAACAGAGUUUACAGCUGCCUGUAUGUCGCAAGGGCUUCUUUCAGUGCAAAAUGCCACCAGCAAAUUUUAAUCGUUAUCAGUGAUGCCUCUGCCAUCUCUCUACUACAGUAGCAGAUAACCUGCCCAGUGCGUAAAUGAAAUGUUCAGUAUAACAACCCCCAUACUUAAAAGACACUGAGAAUUAACGGAAGCUGCUUGUAAAACAGACUAAAAAUAAUUGAUAGGUUUGUUUUCUUUCUGCAAUUUAUUUUGCAGCUGUCUUGAGUUUUUAAUUUUUGGGGGGCAAAAACUUCACAGACAUCAAAAAGAAUUAGAAUUUGAUUCCUCGGCAAGUUUGAAUACCAAGUAACUAUCAUUAGUUUGUGUUUCCAUGAAGUAGUGAAUUUUAUUUCUGAUAGCAAAACUUGGCCAGCAUCUAGGUUUUUAAAAACUAUUUCAUUAUUUGCAUGUGAAGAAACUUCUAGUAUUAUUUAGCUUUUUAUUUAAUGGAAGUCUUCCUUUCAGAGUAGUUUGACUUGAAGUAUUUUUGAAGUAUUUAGACUCUGUGUAAAAGGAGAUGCCUGUAUUCUAAAGCCACCUGCAAUUUACAGAGAGAAUUAGUUGCUUCAAUAGAUGCUUGAGACUUCCUACUUGGGAACAGUCUUGCAGUUCUGUUUUUUUUUAAAAAAAAGGAAAAAAAUCCACGACAUUUUGAGCUAUCUUCUGUGGUUGAGUUCUAUUUCUUCCAUCUUCAUGGUUUGAAUCUGUCAUUGCAAUUUCUGAAAUCCUAAGGAUUUUGGUAUCAAAUCAGAUCUUUAUUACAGUCAUAGACCAGCAUAAAGGAUUUUGGUAAUAACUUAGAAAUCUCACUAAUGGGAAUACUUUGCAUUUUUUUUCUUUAGAUACACUUUUUCCCAAACUGUGAAGCUUAAUUCAAAUUUUUAAAGUUUACAUAGACCAAUAUUCCUAAAUAGAUUUAUGUUUAAACCUAUAGUAUAGCAAGAAUUUGAAAGCUCUCCUUCAAAUUGAGCUCUCUCCUGCAUUUCAUGGACAUGGCCCUGUAGUUUGCUUGGUAGCAGUAAUAGCAAUAGCUUGCUAUUGCCUUCUUCCAGAAUGUGUUUUUGACUUCUCCAUUUAGUUGACAGCUCUUUGUGGUUCUCCCAUCCAAAUAGUAACCAUGCCCAAUGCUGCUGUAGUGUUUGACCCCAGACUAGAUUAUCCAGGUGCUUUUGUGUGUGUGUGUAUACAUGUUUGUGGUACCUGCUGAGAUAUUUUCCUGCUCAUGCACGUACUCUGCAUGUUAAUCGUAGCAGGAGGUAGCACCUGGCUGACGGCCUGGGCUUGAAAGGUAAGCAAGGUUGGGUCUGAUGAAUAUCUGGAUGGGAAACCACCUAGCAGUACAAGGGUUGCAGACUAGACUGGGGAGUCAGUAAAUACUGGAAGAAGCCACUGACUGGCUAAUUCCACAUUGUUGCCAAGAAAGUUACAGGGGCCUGUUCGGGAGGUCCAUCAGCCAGUAAGCUUGAUUGAGGAAGGCUUCACAUGGUACAUAUUGAGGUAAGCAUGGCUGAUUUUAAAACUAGCAGAAAUCAGUAGAUUUUGCAAUAGAAUGUAUUAGACUGACAAUAGAGCAUAUACAAAAUCUUAAGAGGUGGUAGACCUUCGAAAACUUAAUAGUGCGAGGAUGUUGACUAGUACCACUGAAAUAAGUGAAAUGUGUGAAGUGGGGAGGAUUUUCAUGAUAUCCAUUCCUAAAAUAUUUUUGUUUCAGCCUGUAACUUACUGGAGAUCUUUCUCUCUUUCCCCUUCCAUCCAGUAAGUGAUGCAUAUUCUUGAUAACCUGUGAGGGUUUUGUUUUGUUUUGGCCCUUUCAGCUUUGAAUAAUAGCACUUGUAUUACUUGCAACUAUAUAUUUAUUUCCUGUGUGGAUAUUGGAAUAAUUUUGAGGUGAUUAAAUAGAAUAAGGAUUGUCUAAAACAACAAUUAAAAACCAAGCAUGAGUUGAGUUAGAAGACCCAACAGUACUUUUCCACACCAUUUAUUUUAUUGCAUUUUGUGACAGUUGGAACAUGACAUCUGUAUGAAAUUUGGACCACGUUUGUUAAAAGGCAAAAAAAAAGAAUGCUUCAGUCCUGUCCAAAGUACAUUAUAAUUAAUCUGCAGAAUGCUCUUUGGUAAGAUGGAAAGCCUAUAUGCUUGUGAAUCAACAUCUUCAGGAAUAAUUUUCAGGCAUCUGUGAGAUUAAAACUGAUGGAAAAACAUCAUUGGCAUUUGUGUACCUGAUCACUGUUGAACUUCUUGCCAUGCAGUGGUCCGAAGCAGUAUUUAUUAAUAACUGAGUAGAAGCUUGAAAUAUCCCGACUUUUUAUAUUACAAAAUGGACCAGAUUGUUAUAAUUUGAAAGAGAUAUCAGUUGUAAAGCUUUGUUAAAUUAAACCUUGUUAAGUAGCUUUAUACUUGUUUACAGUUUGAGGGGAAACACAGGCCUCAUUUUUCUAACGAUGAAUGAAAAAUGGGAUGUGACAUCUGUACAUAGGAUCAAGCAGAAAUGCAUAAACUCGCACAUUAAAAAAUGCAGAAGGCUGAACUGCAACACUAAACAAAGCAAACAAAUUCAAUGACUUACUAUUUUUGAAAAGUGAAAACCGAAAAUUAUGAGAGAAAUCGCUUUAAAAAAGUGAAAGAUAUAUUGCUGAAAUUAUUGGAGUUAAAUGAGCCAAAGUGAUUAUGCAUUCUUCAUCUUUAGUUACCACUUUGUAACAUGAUAAUAUACAGUUUACAGUACAUGUAUAAGGUGUAGCUAUAAAAUUUUGUGCCAUUAAAGCUGUCACAAAACUGAA